UCAUUAAUCAGUUGUAUUAUCAUCCUUUUUUUAUUUUUAACACGACAGCACAAAAAUAUCCUCAAAUAAUCGUAUUUCCCAAUCCUUUCCUCGACCAUCUUUUCACCACCAAAGUUGCAAAAGAUACAUCAACAAAAGUCAUUGUUAUUGUUAUACUGAAAAUGAAAUAGAAGCAAAAUGUUGAAACCGUCGCAAUUACCAGUUAUGUAAUUUACAGUUUCAGCAUCCUUCACCUGCGUCUCGAUCAUCCAAUUCCUCUUUGAAUUUCACUCUCUCACUCCAACAUUACUCUCUUAACCAUUUAUUUCUCAUAGAAGAUAGAAGAAGAACAUCGAAAUUUUGACCCAUUUGACCCCACAACGUAAAACUUCAGAUCUGAAACCAAAGGUAGAAACUUUUCGAACUUUAAAUCCAAAUGCUCCAAAGGGGUAUCUCAUAAUUCAUCGAAACCAUCAAAGAUCGAAUUAACAAGAUGAGUGUCAAAAAGAAGAACCCCAGGAAUGUUUCGAUGGAUCACGUGCUUGUUGCUUUAGGGGAAACGAAAGAAGAAAGGGAAAUUCGUAUUCGAAGUUUGUUCAAUUUCUUCGAUGCAGGGAGUAAUGGGUACUUGGAUUAUGGUCAGAUAGAAACAGGGUUAUCGGCAUUGCAAAUUCCAGCGGAGUACAAGUACGCGAGGGAACUUUUCAAGGUUUGUGAUUCCAAUAGUGAUGGUAGGGUUGAUUAUAACGAGUUUCGUAGAUAUAUGGAUGAUAAGGAAUUGGAGCUUUAUUGCAUCUUUCAAGCCAUUGAUGUUGAACAUAAUGGUAGUAUUCUCCCUGAAGAGCUUUGGGAUGCACUUGAUAGGGCUGGAAUUGAAAUGAAUGACGAGGAGCUUGCUCGCUUCGUGGAGCAUGUGGACAAGGAUAAUAAUGGAACUAUCACUUUUGAAGAAUGGAGAGAUUUUCUUCUACUUUACCCUCACGAAGCAACGAUUGAAAAUAUAUAUCACCAUUGGGAGAGGGUGUACCAUGUAGACAUUGGAGAGCAAGCUGUCAUUCCCGAAGACAUUAGCAAGCACGCUUACCGGAGCAAGUAUUUUAUCGCUGGUGGAAUAGCAGGAGCUACUUCGCGUACUGCCACUGCUCCUCUUGAUCGUCUGAAGGUUGUCUUGCAAGUUCAGACUACACAUUCUUCUGCUAUGUCAGCAGUAGCAAAGAUAUGGAAGCAAGAUAGUUUAAAAGGGUUUUUCCGAGGUAAUGGAUUGAAUAUUGUGAAAGUAUCACCAGAAAGUGCUAUCAAGUUUUAUGCUUUUGAAAUGCUGAAAAAUGUAAUUGGAGAUGUGGAAGGCAACAAGUCUGAUAUCGGUGCUGCCGGGCGGCUUGUUGCAGGCGGCGUGGCCGGUGGAAUUGCACAGACUGCAAUCUAUCCAUUGGAUCUUAUCAAAACUAGGUUACAAACUUGUGCCUCUGAAGGUGGAAAGGCUCCUAAAAUUGGAACACUCACAAAGAAUAUUUGGAUUCAAGAGGGUCCACGAGCUUUUUACCGGGGGCUUCUUCCAUCUGUGAUUGGCAUGAUUCCUUAUGCUGGUAUUGAUCUCGCGGUUUAUGAUACCUUGAAAGAUAUGUCCAAGAGAUAUAUUAUUCAUGAUAAUGAACCUGGUCCUCUAAUACAACUUGGAUGUGGAACAAUUUCUGGAACCCUUGGAGCUACUUGUGUCUAUCCACUGCAGGUUAUUCGUACUAGGCUGCAGGCACAACCUUCCAACGCCUCAGAUGCUUACAAGGGGAUGUUUGAUGCAUUUUUUAGAACUUUUCAGCAUGAAGGCUUUCGAGGUUUGUACAAAGGACUCCUUCCAAAUCUACUGAAAGUUGUGCCAGCUGCUAGCAUUACUUAUAUGGUCUAUGAAAGAAUGAAGAAAAAUCUAGAUCUAGAUUAGAGUUUAUAUAAUAAUAUCGCCUACUUUUCACACGCGGAUCUAGCUACUUGAAGUGUUGGCUUAGCCGUGGCCUGAUGCUACUUCCAAUUUGCUUUGAACAUCUAGAUUUUAAGUAGUGUUUCUGGAGCUUAGGAGACUAUAUCUCGUAGUUGAGAGCUAUUUAUAGAUAUUUGCUGAUGUAAUUGAGCUAAUGCAAAUACCUUAGUAAGUCUUGCAUUGUUGAUGGUGACGAUAAAAAAUAAUGAUAGUAUUAUUAGUCCUUUAGGCAUUAUUGUUAAAUAGUAAAUACUAAUUCCUUUUGUGACUCUUGAAACACAAUUUUGUUGUCAGAAACAUGGGAUGUAUUUCCCCAUGCUUAUCUGAACUAAAUGUUUUGAGGAAUUAGAGUUGUAACAUUCUUUUAGAUCAGAUGCUAAAAUACAGUGGCGGCGGAUCUUUGUUACGCGGCUGGA